AACUGGGUCUAUACCACAGUGUCGACCUCGACCCGAAGGAUGGGAUCAGUCGGCAGCGAAGCUGGCCAAAGGGUGCAAGUUGAGUUUUACGUCAAUGAAAAUACCUUCAAGGAGAGGCUGAAGCUUUUCUUCAUUAAAAACCAAAGAUCAAGUUUAAGAAUCCGACUCUUCAACUUCUCUCUCAAGCUGCUGUCCUGCCUCUUGUACAUUGUACGGGUUUUACUGGACGAUCCAACAGAGGGCAUUGGAUGCUGGGGGUGCCCUAAACAGAAUUACACCGCUCACGCAAACGUAACAGAAAUCAGAUGGGCUCCCAUUCUUUGGGUGGACAGAAGACUAGCAGUAUGGGCUAUUCAGGUUAUCGUGGCCUUAAUAAGUUUCUUGGAGGCGAUGCUUCUUGCAUAUCUGAGCUACAAGGGAAACAUCUGGGAGCAGAUCUUCCGAAUAUCCUUCAUUCUGGAGAUGAUUAACACAGCCCCCUUCAUAAUCACUAUAUUCUGGCCUCCACUGAGAAACAUAUUUAUUCCAGUAUUUUUAAAUUGCUGGCUGGCUAAAUGUGCUCUGGAGAGUAUGAUAAAUGACUUGCAUCGAGCCAUCCAGAGGACUCAGUCAGCAAUGUUCAACCAAGUUCUCAUUCUUAUCUGCACUCUUCUGUGCCUAGUGUUUACUGGGACCUGUGGAAUUCAGCACCUGGAGAGAGCUGGAAACAACCUCUCCCUCUUCAAGUCCCUGUAUUUCUGCAUCGUCACAUUCUCCACUGUUGGGUACGGGGACGUGACACCUCAGAUCUGGCCGUCUCAGCUUCUUGUAGUUAUCAUGAUCUGUGUGGCUCUUGUGGUGCUGCCUCUUCAGUUUGAGGACUUGGUGUACCUGUGGAUGGAACGGCAGAAAUCUGGCGGGAAUUAUAGCCGCCACCGCGCUCAGACAGAGAAGCAUGUGGUGCUGUGUGUCAGCUCCCUGAAGAUAGACCUCCUCAUGGACUUUCUCAAUGAAUUCUAUGCACAUCCCAGACUUCAGGAUUAUUAUGUGGUGAUUCUGUGCCCGACGGAGAUGGAUAUUCAGGUCCGACGAGUCCUACAGAUUCCUCUGUGGUCACAGCGGGUCAUCUACCUGCAGGGGUCAGCUCUGAAGGACCAAGAUCUCAUGAGGGCCAAAAUGGAUGAUGCUGAAGCCUGUUUCAUUCUGAGCAGUCGGAAUGAGGUGGAUAGGACAGCAGCAGACCAUCAGACAAUCCUGAGAGCAUGGGCCGUGAAGGACUUUGCACCAAACUGCCCGCUCUAUGUCCAGAUUCUGAAGCCAGAAAAUAAAUUCCAUGUUAAAUUUGCAGAUCAUGUAGUUUGUGAAGAAGAGUUUAAGUACGCCAUGUUGGCUCUGAACUGUAUUUGUCCUGCCACAUCCACCCUCAUCACUCUGUUAGUUCACACUUCCCGAGGACAAACCCCCUUGGAUCCUUUAAACCCGAGACAAGGAGCAUGCCACUCUUUAUUCAGGGAAGGCCAGCAGUCUCCUGAACAGUGGCAGCGGAUGUAUGGCCGGUGCUCCGGGAACGAGGUCUAUCACAUCAGCCUGGGAGACAGCAAGUUCUUUGGAGAGUACGAGGGGAAGAGUUUCACCUACGCUUCCUUCCACGCACAUAAAAAGUACGGUGUGUGUUUGAUUGGGGUCAAGAGAGAAGACAAUAAGAGCAUCUUGUUGAACCCGGGUCCCAGACACAUCAUGGCCGCCUCGGAUACCUGUUACUACAUCAACAUCACCAAGGAGGAGAACUCCGCUUUCAUCUUCAAACAGGAGGAGAAGCACAAGAAGAAGGGAAUGGCACCCGGGGGGCUGCACAGUGGACCUUCCAGACUCCCUGUCCACAGCAUCAUCGCCAGCAUGGGUACUGUUGCUAUGGACCUGCAGAACACAGAGUGCUGCCCCGACAGCAGCAGCAGUAAACUAGCCCUGCCCAAUGAGAACGGAGGAAACAGCAGAAGGCCUAGCAUCGCCCCAGUUCUGGAGAUAGCAGACUCCACCUCCAUUCUACCAUGUGACCUGUUGAGCGACCAAUCCGAAGAUGAAACAGCCCAGUCAGAUGACGAAGGACUGCCUGCUCUGGAGUAUGUGAAAGGGUACCCUCCCAAUUCACCUUAUAUCGGGAGCUCUCCAACCUUGUGUCACCUACUGCCUCAGAAAGCACUGUUCUGCUGUCUGAGACUGGACAAGGGCUGUGAGCACAACAGUUUUGAAGAUGCUAAGGCGUAUGGCUUUAAGAAUAAGCUGAUUAUUGUUUCGGCAGAAACUGCUGGGAAUGGGUUGUAUAAUUUCAUAGUUCCUCUGCGAGCCUACUAUAGACCCAGAAAAGAACUGAACCCCAUCGUACUGCUUCUCGACAACCCACCUGAUAACCACUUCUUGGAGGCAAUCUGCUGUUUUCCUAUGGUCUACUUCAUGGCUGGAACCAUUGACAACCUGGAUAACCUUCUCCAGUGUGGCAUCAUCUACGCUGACAAUCUGGUCGUAGUUGAUAAGGAGAGCACCAUGAGUGCUGAGGAGGACUACAUGGCAGAUGCUAAAACUAUCGUCAAUGUCCAAACUAUGUUCAGGCUAUUCCCCAGUCUGAGCAUUAUCACAGAACUCACCCACCCCUCCAAUAUGAGGUUCAUGCAGUUCAGAGCCAAGGACUGCUAUUCCCUCGCGCUCUCCAAACUGGAAAAGAAGGAGCGUGAAAAAGGCUCAAACCUGGCCUUCAUGUUCAGACUCCCAUUCGCAGCCGGCAGAGUGUUCAGCAUCAGCAUGCUGGAUACUUUGCUGUAUCAGUCAUUUGUGAAGGAUUACAUGAUACCUAUAGCAAGAUUAUUACUGGGCCUUGACACCACCCCUGGGUCAGGAUACCUGUGUGCUAUGAAGAUCACAGAAGAUGAUUUGUGGAUUAGAACGUAUGGAAGGUUAUUCCAAAAGCUGUGCUCAUCCAGUGCUGAAAUUGCCAUUGGCAUGUACAGGACAGAAUCCCAUAUGUUUGCAACAUCUGAGUCACAAGACAUUGGUCCACAGUCCCAGAUCUCCAUCAAUGUUGAGGAGUGUGAGGACACAAGGGACGUGAAAGAACCAUGGAACCAAAGAGGCAGCCACAGGAACUCCACCUCCAGUGACCAAUCGGAGCACCCGUUACUGAGGAAGAAGAGCAUGCAGUGGGCACGGCGACUGAGCAGGAAAGGGAACAAGCAAACGAGUAAAACGGAGCGAAUCAGCCAGCAGAGACUGAAUCUGUACCGCCGCUCAGAGAGACAGGAGCUUUCUGAGCUGGUGAAAAACCGAAUGAAGCACCUGGGUUUGCCUACCACAGGUUACGAGGAUGUAGCAAAUUUAACUGCCAGUGAUGUGAUGAAUCGGGUAAACCUAGGAUAUUUGCAAGGUAAUUCCUCACUUGGGGAACAGAGAGGUAUUGAAAGCACACUCAAUAAGGACGGAAUGCCAGCUCCAAACAAACAAGCGGAGAGUUUCGUAGUCUCACAGGCUGGAUUGUGGGCUGACUCUGUGAAAAACAAUUCGCCUCAUCUCCCAAAAUGUAACAGCCCCACAAAACCUAGUAUCUUAAGAUACUUCUCUAUUACCGUUUACUUUUAG